AUGGAGACGAUGAUCUACUCAAUACAAUCUAAAACAUCUACGACACAUUCUUAUAUACCGUUCCUACGGAUGCGUUACCCUAAAUUUCCGAGCGUGUUAUCACGAAAGUGUUGUUUGGUUUCGUACAAGUUAUCCGUAAUACUUGGCGUAGUUGACUUCAAGCUAAUUCUUCUGUUAUGUGCUGAGUCUUGUGCUGGUAACGGAAUUUUCCACAAAAUUUUGGUGGAUUCGAUAUUCAACGAUGAUCGGUAUAUAUCAAACUAUACACGUUUAUGA